CUCUACAUCUAAGGCCCGAAUACUUGUUAUUCCUUGAUCUACUACUGGGCCAGAAGUGGCUGAACGUAAACCUGUCCCUCCGCGGUCCGUCGCCUCUGCUUCUUCUCUCUGGUUGCUCACGACCCGAUGCUUCGGCAUGUAUGAAAUUUCGACAGCAAGUUUAGGCACUUAAAACCGCCCAGCGCAUAUUCUCGAAUCCCUCUUCUGUUACUGCACUCAGACCCAUACUAUGUCGGAGCAAAGCCCCGCGGGCCCAUCUACGACGACAGACAAUGGCAGCAAGGUUGCAAUCCCGCGAUUGAGUUCUUUUGUGAAGCCUUCCAAAGAGGACAGGCGCACGACAGUGGCCUGUACGGCAUGCCGAAAGCACAAGAUUCGGUGCAGUGGCGACUAUCCUCAGUGCCAAAGUUGUCACAGCGCUGGCAGAGACUGUGUAUAUAUGUACACACGGAGAGACCGGCUGAAGAUGGUCACCCAGCAGAAUGCCAUGAUGACUGAUCUGCUUCGAGAUCUACGGGUUCGAACAAAUCCUGAAGACACAGCAAGGAUAGAUCAGGCACUGCAUUCAGUCGAGCAGUCGAUGUCAAGAAACGUCUAUCAGCAACCGGCAUCUUCUUAUUUCGAUGGUGCACAAGGAUUGGACGAACGCUCCAGCGAAGCAGCCUCAGAUACACAGAGUCCCACGACUCAGACGUUCAUGGCCGACCCUUACAUGGAUGCUGAUCAGAGUGCCUGGGCCAAUCUUGCCUUGGGACUUGAACGACCUGCCACGGAGCCAGCCCCCGAAAGGCCUCCACUGCCUGGACUCAACCACCCGCACCCUUUGAGCACAUCGGUCCUUCCGGACGAAAUCGGGCAACAUGAUCCUGAAGACAUGGACUUCUUCAACUUCUUCGAUCCUCAAGGCCCCGUCUAACCGUGAAAGACAGGGAUACCGUACACUAGGUACCAAUGGCUUUUUCGAUCGAUUUAUCAUGUUAUAUCAUAACACGAAUCCUUUCGCAGCUGGCUUAGCGCAUA